AUGUGAUGCAGUUCUCUCCCUCCACUCCAGUCAUCUUUUAUGAGAGCAUAACUUGCAUUUCUUGCUGGAGAGGACCAUUGUGCUGACCAGAAACUAUAAGCUCGUGCAACAAUAAAUUAUUAACACAUAUGCAGUAAAUCUUUUCUGUUGAGCUAUGGGUGAAAGUGAAGAAGUGCCAAAAGAUUUUAUCAAGCUCAAGUCUGAAAAGCUCUCUGUAGAUGAAGUAUCAGAGCUGGUCAUUUCACCAUACUGUGGGGCAGUGUCUGUUUUCAUUGGUACUACAAGAAAUAAUUUUGAAGGGAAAAAAGUGAUUCACUUAGAAUAUGAAGCAUACACUUCAAUGGCAGAGAGUGAAAUAAAGAAAAUCUGCAGAGGUGUUAGACAGAAAUGGCCGUCAGUCAAACAUAUUGCAGUGCACCAUAGACUUGGUGUGGUUCCAAUAACAGAAGCAAGUGUAAUUAUUGCAGUCUCCUCUCCACACAGAGCAGAAUCCCUUGAAGCUGUAAUGUACUGCAUCAAUACUUUAAAAGCAUCUGUCCCAAUAUGGAAAAAGGAGAUUUAUGAGGAUGAAUAUUCUUGGAAAGAAAACAAGGAAUGCUUUUGGGCAAAUUCAGAAAAAUAACUGUACUCUUAAAAAUAAAGCGUUCCUAGUGAACAUACUGGUGUAGCUUUGAGUUGUCUUUACAGAGAAUCUACAUGUUUUUAAGCAGGUGUAAUAGGUGUUUCACUCUGAAUAGUUCAACUAGGACUGAAGGAAAUGAGUAAGUAAUAAUGGGGGUUUUUAAGUGUUCUUGACUUUCCUUUGAAAUCAUCUCUGUGCAUUUGAACAUGGAGUCAGUUUUUAAAACAACCUGCCCUAAAAUUCUUGGUUGCAAGUAUUUAGUCCUCUGUGAUAUACACUGCUUUAAUGCCUUUACAUUGGUAGUCCUUGUUCAUUGUCUGCAUGGGAGGUCACAGGACAACUGAUAUAUUAUUUUUUUUUUUAAUUUUGAAAAAAGUCCCGAGUAGUUUAAUUUUAUAUGACUGUAGAAUCAGUUUGCAAGCUUUAUGCUAUUUUGACAUUCUUGUAACAACACAAAAGCUACUUGAAGUAGAGUAAACAUUUUGGUACAGACAGAGAGGAAAAUAUAAACUAUACUCCAGAGUUCCUAAAUUUUUAGUAGUGGUUACAUUCCAGUAGCUCUGCCUCACAGAAACAUUUUUACUGUGCAGCUGAUACCACAAGUCUAUUAAAUUAAAAAAUAUGGACAGACUUUGAUUCAAAGUUAGGUCUAAUACUCUACCAGCAACAAACUUGCAUUAGUAGUAACAUGCAAACCUGUAACUACUUGAUGCUAGCCAGAAGAUUAAUUUUGAAGGAGCUUUAUUGGCUAUUUAAUUAGUAUUAGUAGUUUGACUUUCGACAUGUUAGGAUUCAGAGUCACUGGAAUUGACUAGUUUUUCAAAGGAAGUAGAGUCUGUUGAACUUUUUGCAGUUUAUAUAUGCAUUUAUAUUCACAUUUGUGAUUUUAAUACAGUUUUUCUCUUGUUACUGUUUUGAAACCUAGUUAAAAGAGAAAAAGACUGACAGUAUGCCUGUGCUUCCACUAGAAACAAUGGACUGGUCAUCUGAGUAAGAUUAUUUUAUUUAUGUAAUUUUACUGUGCCAUGACAGUGUUUAGAAGAUAAGAAUUUAAAGUCCCAUUGUGUAUGGCAUUUCUACUAAUGCUGAGAGGCAGUUUUAUCUAGUCAUCAUUAACAAUGUAGACAAGAUAGAUACAAAGGAAAGGAAAUGAGGUAAAUAAAAGUAAAAUGAUAUGAUCAAGUGUAGAUAAUCUUUACAUUGCAUAACACUUAAACCUCAGCUGUAUAAUCCAAUUCAUUGCUUCUGCUGUAAAAAUCUACAAACAGCUGCUAACUGCACAAUAUAAAUGGAGAAAAAUAAGUUAUGAGCUUUCCCCACCCCCUCAGUGAUUUGAUUCAGUUUUAAUACUUAGUGAUGUAAGGUGUUUAGACCUCUGUGACAUAUACUGCUUUAAUGCUUUUACAUUGGUAGUCUGUUCACGGUCUGCAUGGGAGGUCACAACAGGAUAAUAAUCUUACUUGGAUGAGCAGUCCACUGUUUCCAGUGGAAGCAAACAUACUAUGUCAGUCUUUUUCUCUUUUAACUAGGUAUCAAAACAGCAACAAGGGAAAAACUGUACUAAAAUCAUAAAAGUGAAUAUAAAUGCAUAAAUAAAUUGCAAAAAUAAUCCUGUGUCUGGAUUAAGUAAACCCCAGUGAAACAACUUCAUGCAAAAGCAUGGUUAAACCAUGCUUGUUAACUUACUGAUACCCUUUUCCUUAGUGGAAGUGAGUGAGUCCUUCCUCUGAAGGACAGCAGCUGCUCCUUGCAUGAAUACGCAACCUCCAAACCAUGUGGGCCCUCUUACACAGGCAGAGCUGAGCAAGUUCAAGGUUGAGUUUUCCUUUGCUUUGGAGGUUGGAGAGAUGUCCUCUGCUAUUUGAAUGUAAUUUUUACCGGGAAUUGUACAAAACCCUGAGUACAGAUCACUUUGUCAAAUAAUUAUUUUUAGUUUUAGAAAAGAAAGAAAUACACAAACUUUCCCAUUUUUGGUCUUCAUUUUUCCACAUUCAUGUUUACUGUUACCAUGCAAUUAAUUAUUGUAUUUCACAAAAAUAAAUGGCUAUCUUGCCUUGUA